CCAAACAUCAAACGCCAAACCAACCAAACCCCAAACCAAACUCUCUUCAUCAUCAUCUCUCUUCUAUCAACCCCCGAAGCAGUAGAAAAGCAGAGUCUUUUUCACUGCUUCCUUCAUAUUUCUCGGUUUCUGUAAUAAAUUUCUAACUUAUUCAAUCAAAUCAUUGAUUCUCUCUAUCGGAAUUUCACCAUCAUCACCAUCAUCGGUGUAUGUAAAUAUAUAUAUUUGUAGUCAGUCGUCGUUAUCGAUUGUUGAUGGAGUCGCCGGAGACGGGGAGGAUGGCCGGGGGAAUUGUGCUGGAUUUUCCGGUGAGGGAUUAUACGGCACCGAUAUCGGCGACGCCGUUGAGAGUACCAAAAAGGCUGCGGGAAAGGCUCGUGACGGAGUGUAAGACGCCGAGUACUGUAGAAGAAAUUGAGGCCAAGCUUCGGGACGCAGAUCUUCGUAGAGAGCAAUUUUAUAAGAAAGUGUCAAGCAAGGCGCGACCAAAGCCAAGAAGCCCUUCCCAGUCUUCAUCUCAUGAAGAAGAUCUCGGACAGCGCCUUGAAGCAAAGCUCCAAGCUGCUGAGCAGAAAAGGUUGAGUAUUCUAGCAAAGGCUCAAAAGCGCUUAGCUAGGCUGGAUGAGUUGCGGCAAGCAGCUAAAACAGGGGUUGAAAUGCGUUUCGAGAGGGAACGUCAGAAGCUUGGCACAAAAGUAGAAUCACGGGUCCAGCAGGCAGAGGCUAAUAGAAUGCUUAUCGUCAAGGCGUAUAGGCAAAGAAGAGCCACUCUAAAGGAGAGAUCAUCUCAGUCAUUAUUGCGAAGGGUUGCUCGGGAGAAUAGAUAUAAGGAGCGUGUGCGCACUGCAAUUCACCAGAAGCGUAUGGCUGCGGAGAAAAAACGAAUGGGAUUGCUGGAAGCAGAGAAGAAUAGAGCACAUGCUAGGGUGUUGCAGGUGCAGCAAGUAGCCAUGUCCAUCUCUCACCAACGCGAGAUUGAGAGGAGGAGGCUGAGGGACCAGUUGGAAGAUCGACUUCAAAGGGCAAAGCGACAUAGAGCAGAAUAUUUGAGGCAGAGAGGAAGGCAGCGAGGAAGGCAGCACAAUUAUGUUCGAGUAAACUGGAAUAGGUUGCACAAGCAGCAGGCUGAUCUACUUUCCAGAAAAUUAGCAAGGUGCUGGAGACGUUUCCUUAGGACUAGGAAAACUACCUUAGACCUGGCAAAAGCUUAUGAUGCCUUGAACAUAAAUGAGAAUCGUGUGAAGUCACUGCCUUUUGAGCAGCUUGCUCUACUGAUUGAAUCAACUGCUACUCUGCAAACUGUGAAAUCACUGCUGGAUAGGUUAGAUAGCCGUUUUAAGCUUGCAAAGGCUUCUACCUCUACCAAUCAUCUGACUGGAUUCGAUGACAUUGAUCACCUUCUAAGAAGAGUUGCCACACCUAAAAAGAGGACUGCUACGAGGACUUCCUUGAGGGGCAGAGAUCUAAAGAAAGCAUCUUCAGUCAGGGAGGGAACCAAAGGUCCUGCUACGUUGUCAAGGUAUCCGGUGAGAAUAGUUCUUUGUGCUUAUAUGAUAUUGGGUCAUCCAGAUGCAGUUUUCAGUGGUCAAGGAGAGCGUGAAAUUUCUUUAUCCAAAUCUGCAAAAGAAUUUGUCCGAGAGUUUGAGUUGUUGUUAAAGAUAAUAUUAGAGGGACCCAUACAGAGUUUUGAUGAGGAAUCUGACACCACCACAUCACAGAAACGUUGGACCUUCAGGUCUCAGCUUGCAACUUUUGACAGAGCGUGGUCUUCUUACUUAAAUUGUUUUGUAGUGUGGAAAGUUAGGGAUGCUCAGUCCUUGGAGGAGGAUUUAGUUAGAGCAGCUUGCCAGCUUGAGCUCUCAAUGAUUCAAAAAUGCAAGCUUACUGCAGAAGGGAAUAAUGAUUCUCUUACACAUGAUUUGAAGGCCAUCCAGAAGCAGGUUACAGAAGAUCAAAAACUUAUUAGGGAGAAGGUAAAGCACCUGAGUGGAGAUGCUGGGAUUGAGCGUAUGGAAUGUGCUUUAUCAGAGACACGAUCUAAAUACUUUGAGGCGAAGGAAAAUGGAAGUCCUGUAGGGUCACCAAUAUUGUCCUCUUUGUAUCCAGGCUCACCUAGUACUAGUAUUCCUGCUGGCAUGUCUUCUGCUUCUUCCUCAGACAGACAAAGUAAUGUGAUUGUGGGCACUGAGAAGCCAAGCCGUGUUGUUUGCUCCUUGUUUAGGGAAGAUAAUUCAUCAUCAUCUGAGAAUUUUGGUUCUUUCUCACCAAGGAACAGCUACUUAGACAGUCAGCUGUAUGCUGAGAAUGAAGUAAUUGUUAAUGAAUUUCUACACGACCAGCGCCGAGCUGUUUUGGAUGGUGUCAAUGAUUCUCAUGAAGAUCAAAACGGUAUAAAGUCGAAGAUCAGAGAGACAAUGGAGAAGGCUUUCUGGGAUGGCAUCAUAGAAUCCAUGAAGCAGGAUAAACCCAACUAUGACCGGGUUGUUCAACUCAUGAGGGAGGUAAGGGAUGAAAUUUGCGAGAUGGCGCCCCAGAGCUGGAAACAAGAUAUUGUUGAAGCUAUUGAUUUAGAAGUUCUUUCCCAGAUUCUUAAAUCAGGUAACUUGGACAUCCAUUACCUUGGAAAGAUUCUAGAGUAUGCGAUGACCACUCUGCAGAAGCUUUCCUCUCCAGCCAGUGAUGAUGAAAUGAAGGCUACUCAACAGAAUUUGUUGAAGGAGUUAACUGAAAUCUGUCAAGACAGUGAUGGGUCAAAGUUUUCUCUUGUCACUGCAAUGAUCAAGGGUUUGCGCUUUGUCCUGGAGCAGAUUCAGACAUUAAAGAGAGAGAUAAGCAAAGCACGGAUAAGAAUGAUGGUGCCUUUGUUGAAGGGGCCAGCUGGUUUUGAUUAUCUCAGAGAAGCUUUUGCCAACUGUUAUGGAUCUCCUGAUGAUGCCCGCACAUCUCUGCCGAUGACAUUGCAGUGGCUUUCAUCUGUGUGGCCUUGUAAAGAUCAGGAGUGGAUAGAACACUCGAAUUUUCUCUCACCUUUGCUUCGACCCAACAGUUCAUCUCAGGGUUUUGUUCCUUCGACCAUCCUUAGAACAGGAGGAAACUUUAUGGUUAAGACGAACCAAAGUGAAAUGGAUACUUUUGUGUCUGCUACUGGAAAUGCUCCAGGCCAUCAACUACCAGAAUGCAGUGGAGAAAGAGUUGAUUUGUUGGUGAGACUUGGUUUGUUGAAGCUGGUGAGCGGGAUUGAUGGUCUGAUGCAAGAAGUUCUGCCUGAAACUCUCAAACUUAAUUUUGCUAGAUUGAGAGCAGCUCAGGCUCAGAUGCAAAAGAAUAUUGUAAUUUCUACCAGCAUUCUUGUUUGUCAACAAACGCUUCUGACCGAGCAAGUAGUUUCCAACGCAACAGACAUGGGAAGCAUUCUCUCGAAGUGCACUGAACAAGUUGUAGAGCUCUUAGAUCGCAAUGAGGAUGUAAGCAUUGAAGAAAUUGUUGAAGCUAUGAGUGGGUUCACGAAAAAUUUCGAGGUGAUAGAUUCAGAAAAGCUUCAAACGAGGAAACUAGUCAUGACGAGGAUGUUAGCGAAGAGCUUGCAAACUGGGGAUCCUGUGUUUGAGAAGGUGUCCCGCGCAGUUUAUCUGGCUGCAAGGGGAGUUGUCCUUGGUGGUAAUGGCCCUAAAGGUAAAAAAUUAGCUGAGAUGGCGUUGCGGCAGGUCGGAGCUGUUGCCCUGACUGAAAGGGUGGUGGAAGUCGCUGAAGUGGUGGGUGUGGCGGCAUCUGUAUCUGUUUGUGUUCAUGGGGCCUGGUACCGGAAGCUGAGUGAAAGCUUGUGAUGGACUUUGUGUGCAUUUGUUAAAUAGCAAACUAAUAAGACACAGUUGUACAUAGUAGGUGUGUGUAAAGGUCUGUAAUGUGGUGUGUGUAGGUGGAAUAAUGUCAUGUAUCUUGUACAAUUCUUUGCAAACAGACGAGAUGUAAAUAACAUUUGAACUGUAUUGGUGGAAGGUCCUUCGUCCGGAUUGAUACCCCUAUUUGUAUGUUCUGUACAGAAAUUUCAGAGUCCACGGACCGAGUUCCAAAA